UCUCGCUUAGACCAGAUUUUAUGUACUAACCUGGCCUCAUAAAGUUAGUCAUAAUGCAAAGUUGAAAUGCAAAUGAAUAAGUACCGCAGUACUGUGUCCAGGGGGCGCCGCGGCCGGCGGCGAGCAACAGUACUCGCUGCGCUGGAACGACUUCCAUUCCGCCAUGGUGUCUUCUUUCCGCCGGCUGAGGGAUGAGGAGGACUUCGUCGACGUCACCCUAGCGUGCGCAGGCGCCACAUUCACCGCACAUAAGGUGGUGUUGUCAGCGUGCAGCCCUUACUUCCGGCGGCUGCUUAAAGCCAACCCAUGCCAGCAUCCCAUCGUCAUCCUGCGGGAUGUGCACGACAAAGAUAUGGAGAGCCUUCUCAGAUUCAUGUAUCAAGGCGAAGUUCACAUCGGCCAGGAGCAACUCAAAGAGUUCCUGCGAGCAGCACAACUGCUGCAAGUUAGGGGGCUGACAGAUGUACCAGCACCGGCGCCUGUCUCCUCCCUCGAACCUAAAGCUUCUCCAGAUUUUGUACCGGGUGCGAUACAAAAAUUGCUGAAUUUAACGAAUUCACAACAGUCGUCGUCGUCGUGGACGGAGACGGGCAGCGGCGCGUCGCGGGAGGGGCGCGACUCGCAGCAGCGCGAGGGUCGACGGCUGCGGCGGCCUGACGAUAGCGCCAACACUACGCCACCGCCCAAACGAGCACGCUCGAGCGACCUCUACCAGGCGCAGAUGAAGACGAGGUGUAGGACGGAGCAGUUGCUGGCGGCGCAGGGCGCGAGCCCCGAGACGCUCGGCACCAACGGACACGAGCUCGCGCUCUUCAGCCAAGCGCUCGACAACGCGCAGAACCCGCAUCUCUCAGGGUCCAACAACUUGUCUGGCGACGGCGAGGAGUCAUCAUCAGACGCCGGAGCAAGCGACACGGAGGGAGAAACUCGCGCGAAGCAAGAACCCUUGGACUACGACGACCCCGCCACAGUGGCCAACACCAACGGCGCGCUGCCCCACAACUUCCCUGGACUACUCAACUUGCAAGGAUUCCCCGGACUACCUGGACCAUCAGGGAUCCCGGACAAUUACGGAGGCUGUCGACGGACACAGGACAUUCUACGCGUACGAGCCACGGAUCCGAGGCCGUGCCCGAAAUGUGGAAAGAUCUACAGAUCUGCUCACACCCUGAGAACGCAUCUUGAAGAUAAACACACCGUCUGCCCUGGUUACCGAUGCGUGUUGUGCGGCACGGUGGCCAAAUCGCGCAACUCGCUGCACUCGCACAUGUCGCGGCAGCACCGCGGCAUCUCCACCAAGGACCUGCCCGUGCUGCAGAUGCCCACGCGCUUCGACCCUGAACUUGCUAGCCAGUUGCUAGCCAAAGCCGGGGUGAAGGUAUCUCCGGAGCAGCUCCGCGCCCGCGCCUCUCCCACGGGACCUCGCCGCUCCGACAUCAAGCUGGACGCCAAGUCGGCCGCCUCCGAGAGCAGCUCCAUCUGCGGCGACCAGGACAACGACGACCUCAGCCAGUCGCGCUACCAGGACAGCGUGCCUGUCUCACCACCACAUAUAAACAGCCUCGCCAACACGACGAUAACUAAAGUGCCGGCGGUGCGGGCGGUCACAGCCAAGACCAUGGAGAACCUCCCCCACGGCAUGGGCCCGCUCAAGCACGACGACUACCCCCCAGGGUACGGGGGGUCCUCCGCACUCCUCGAUACAUACCUGCAGUACAUCGGCGAGAAUAUGUUUGGUAUGAACGCAAAACUAGCCCAAAUGAACGCUAUGCACAUGGACAGAAAGACGUACGAUGAACAAUCGCCGCAGAUGGGCUCACUGCCCCCACCACCCGCUAACCUGGCCCACCAGCGCUUCCUCAAGCAGAUGCAGCGACAGUACACCGAGCCGCUGGGCAAGCCGGACAUCAUGCGCGACCCCGACGAGCCCCUCGACCUCGGCAAGGAGCGGCAGAGGAACGACAGCAUGGACACCGACGACAAACACGACAGCGAGAAGGAGUCCAAAGACUACUACGACGAGGAGAGGAACCGCCUCACGGAGCAGGAGCACGAGACCAGCGGCCACGACGACGGCGACUACUCCGACGACGAGCACAAGACCUCAUGAACCGACCCGCCGCCGUGGCUUUACAAAGGUGCUUAAGAUGUCUGUAGCCGAUAGUGUUGCCCCGUGGAAGACGUUGGUGCCAUUUCCUUUGUACAUAGUUAAGGUAGGAGGCGGAGCAGCCCCCCCGAUCUGAUCCAGCCCCAUGUGAUAUCAUGAGCCAUAGAACACAUAGGACCCUUGUUCGCACUACAUACAAACGCGAUCGCGUCAUUGUUUUUCUAGAUAAUCGAUACUAGUGAGUAGUGUUUUUGUAUUGUGUAAGGUCCCUCUCACGUUUAGGGCCACUUACAUAGUUAUUCCAUCCAACUACCUCAGCAUAGGGCCAAUGCGGCAACGUAAAAAAAUUAAAAGUAAAUGAUAAUAAAAAAAAAUUAUAUAUCCACACAAAUUGUGAAAUUCCAUCCAUCUACCUCACUUCAAUAGAUUUUAUUUAAUAUUUUAUACAAUUUAUAGGUAUAAAAAAUAAAAAAAAAAUGUUGUUUUAUGCAUUUUUCAGAUUGCAUUUAUAUAUAUAUGUAUAUUAUAUAGAUUAUAUAGUAGAUAAAUUAUAUGCGAAUCAUUUAGGUCGUUAGUGCUGCCCUUAACCGAAUUUUCGUUCAGAUUUCAUAUAGAAUGCGCACUCACUAGGGAAAUAUUAGACUGUGUCACAAACGUAGCGAGUAAUGGAACGCAACCUCCUAUAUCAGCACACGAACUUGAAUUAGAGAAAUAAAAAUAUCUUUGUAUACGAGAAAAAUUUAACAGAGCUUAAAUCUUAUUAUUGAUAAGUAUUAAAUAUUACGUGCGUAUAAUGGAACACCAUUUAUAUAAUACAGUAUGUUAACUUUAUGAAAUAAUAAAAAAUAUAGUACAAUCCAACGUCAGAGUAGAAUUUCGUAAAAAAUAUACAAAAUGCAAAAAAAAAUACAUAUACUUGGAAGUUAGUUCCUAUAUCCACGAGAAAAGUUCUGGUAUUUUUAUAUCUUAAAGACUGUUCACGUUUUUAAUAAUGUAAAGUAUACGAAAUUUACCCGAACAUAGAUGUUACCCGUGAGAUGAGAUUGUCCCAAACCGAAAAUAACCAAAACCCAUUCCAUAUGAGCCUUGAUUCACAGCCCUUAAUAAUUUUAAGUCAGCUGACCCUGAAAUUUGUUUAAUAUAGAUUUUAGACUAAACCAUCCACAGUAUACUUAACAGUUGUCAAAUUAAUAAGCACAAAAUCCAGCAGUUAACAUACUGUAACCAAUACAAAGCAACUUUAUCGAUUCAAACAACCGAGUCGAGACUGAAUUUUUCAAUGCAUAUAAUAAUCGCGUUAUUACGAAACGUGCGUUAAGUCGAAAAGUUCAAAUAUUGUGGACACGUUUGAACACAAUACAUUGUAUAUAAGACGAGGUGAUAUGUACUUCAUAUAUGGAUAUAAGUAACAAAAAGCAAUAAAUAAAGUAUACCUUGAUGUUGCCUUCGAUAUGUAAAUACUUGGUAGAUUCGAUAGAUUUUUGUUCGUACAAACAAACAUGGAACUUAGUGUUCACGUCGUGUUUACUUUGUAGUGAUGUGGGCCGGUUACUUAUAACGAUUACUGUGAUUGCAAUCUCAUGUUAGCCUUCAAUACUUAUACAUAUUUUUUAGAGUACAAUGUUAUGGUUAUUUAGUGUAAGUAUUCGUAAGGGAAUCACAAAUUAUAUGUACUUCCCCGGUUAGAAGUCACGUUGUGUAAGUAUAGAGCAAUAGUGCAUUUAAUGAUUUUUGUAUGGGAUAUUUCAUGUUUAUGGAUUUGUUGAGAUAUCUCAUUGGUGACGUGGACGCCGCGCCGCGCGUGCCCGGUGCUGUACUGCGUUACUCGAGUCGCGCGGACGUGUGGGGACGUCAGGCGUCAAGCGUCAGGCGGUUUGUUUAGCGUGUUAGUGGAAUGAUACGAGUUUGGUUUGCGCAAAUAUAAUCUUGUUGAAAGUUAAAGUGUUGCCAUAGUGAGUAAUUAAUUUCGACUGUAUAUAAAUAAGUUUUCAUUUAGACGGACGAGUGCGGAAUGCGUUGAUGAUUAUGAAUAUAGGGUGAUACGUUUUCGUUUAGAUUAUUCUGUGGACUAUGUAAUGUACUCAUAUUAGUUUAGGUGAUAGAUUGUUGCACAUACAUAACAAUAGUACAGUACCAGAAAAUUACGGAUAUAUAUUUUUGGAAAGAGCACGCAGGUAGCCAGAACGUUUACUAAUAGAAUGGGCGUACCAUUGAAAUAGUGUCACACAUGUGUACAGUUGUUGAGUAAUGCGAUAUUACCAGUGAAGGGGAUAUAAUGUAGGACUGUAAGUCAUUUAUCAUUUCAAUGUAUAAUUCUUACGUUUAGUUACCUUGUGAACUUCGGAAGUUCAAUAUAAGUGUUUAUUUUUCUUUGUUUAUACGACUUUACCUCAUUAGCAUGACGAUUCAUGUAAAACUUUUGAUUAGUUCUCGCUGAUUUAAUGUUAAUUCGUGUGUCGCUGUUCUCGUUGUCUCGACAGGUUACGGGAGUUUUAACUUAUUGUCACAUAUUCUUAGACUGAUAGUUUGUGUGAAUGUAAAAAAAAUAGAAUAAAUUUAAAAACGACACAAAUUCA